AUAGUGACUGAAGUGAUGGCUAUAAUGCCGAUAGUGACCAGUGGUGACCAAUAGAUAUGUUAUCGGUGUCUGAUCUCAGAAUAUCCAUCUCUUCCGUAGAGUUUUCAUUAUUUUUUCAAAACGAUUGCACUAUUUGUCCUAAUUGUGGACAUCUUUUAGAUAGCAAUGUCUUCAGUGAAGUUAAACUCUCUUCACUGGUUUUACUUCUUGGCUUUGGAUCUCUUAUUUGUUACAAAUUGAUGUCAAACAAGAAGAAGAAGAAAAAGCUUAAGUAUCUUCCAUUUGGUUUUGCAAAAGUGGGCGCUGAAGAAGAUUUUGAAAACAUUAACAUUUUUGAUGAAAAUAUCGAUUUAUCCAAUAAUUUAAAUGAUACUAAAAUACAAUACAAAAUGAUAACAUCGACACCAUUUGUUAAUUGGUCUCAAACACCUUCACUGUCUUCGGGGGCAUCAGAAUUGGCUUUCAAUUUAACAGAUAAUGGAUUGGAUUACGAUUCGAGUUCAUUUCAAACACCAUCUUUUAAACCGAUUGGAAACAAUACUGUGGCUAAAUUGGAUCAGCUUUUAAAUCAAAUAGAAGAUAUAAAGCGUUCUGUCUAUGAAAUCGAUGAACAGAUAUUUGAUGUCAAAGAUUCAAAUGUUAAAUUUGAGUCAAAAUUAUUUAAUUUAGGCCCUGAUUAUAGUUUAGGUAUGAGCUCUGACUCUGAUUUGAUCGAUAAGUUUAAUUUCACGACUACUGAACCUCAAACACCAACACUUGAAUGGGAUGUCACAGAUCUGAAUGGUUUAAGUACUGUAAAUAUGAAUGCAAACUAUGACCAAAUCAACGAAAGUAAUCAAUUGAUACUCAAUACUAAAAGCCAUUUACAUCCAAAUACUAUCGCAAUUAAUAACUUAAAUGAUUUAAAUCCAUUGGAAUCACCUCAAGAUUUGAGCUCAACUUCUGGCGAGUUUUCAUUGAGUUCACCAUCAGAUGACACAAAAGAUAGUAAUUUAGCGGCCAUUCAACGUAUGAUAUCUGACGCUAAAAAGUUAGGUCUUUUGGAUGACUUAAUUGAUAUAAUUAUUAAAAACUCCAAAAGAGAUUCAGCUUAUUAUGAAGAUUGAUAUUUCAUUGACACUAACUAUUAUGUAGUUUAUAUGAUAGCAA